AUGAAGCUUCUUUCAUUCGUUACUGGCCUUGUGGCCUUGAGCACUUCCGUCUCAGCACUCAGCGUUCCUUCGGUUGAAGAUGGUGUGGCCGUCGCAGACCACGCGCUUGAGAAGAGAGCCUUCCUCCCGGUCGUUGGAGUUCCAGGAGCCACUCGCCCUCGUCUGGAGAUCCGCCAGUUGCAACAGAAGACCAAUCAAUGGACCCUGUUCCUCCUUGCCAUGAAGCAAAUGCAGAACAAGCGGCAGACGUUGAAGAACUCCUUCUACCAGAUCGCCGGCAUCCACGGUGUCCCACGGACCAGCUGGGACGCCGUCGGACAGUGCAGCACUUGCAGCGCUGAUGGCUACUGCCCGCACGACUCCAUCCUCUUCCUGGGAUGGCACCGCGCCUACGUUGCUCUCUUCGAGCAGGAAUUGGUGAAGGUGGCCAAGAACAUUGCCAAGAAGUACCCUACUUCGACACGCGCCGAUAUGCAAAGUGCAGCAAGCACUCUCCGUCUUCCUUUCUGGGAUUGGGCGGCACAUGCACCCAGUGGUGGCCCGGUCAUGCCAACGGCGAUGACUCAGGCUCAGGUCACUGUCCAAGGACCAACGGGCAGCCAGACUUUCGCCAACCCUCUGCACCACCAUACAUUCAAGAACCCGGGUCAACUGAGGUACACUCCGUUCAACCAGUGGAAGAACACCCUGAGGUGGCCCACGUCCAGUGCUGUCGACGCAACCAGCAACGAGCAGAGCGCUAUCAAUGCUCUCAACAACAUCCGCGGCAACAUGCAGGAUCAGGUCUACAACAUGUUCAGCACGUGUGACGAGUUUGUUGAGGUGGGCAGCGAUGCGGCUGGACAGAGCUCGGUCAAGUGCUCCAACAGCAUUGAGAACAUCCACAACACCAUUCACACCAACACUGGUGGGCCAAGGAACAGCAACAGCCCCGGUGGACACAUGACCAUCCUCGCAACUGCAGCAUUCGAUCCAGCCUUCUGGCUCCACCACUGCAACGUCGACCGCCUCUUUGCCAUGUGGCAGGCUAUGUACCCGGACAGCUACAGCGGCUCGCAGGUGGCUCCUCACAACACCUGGACUGUCGCCAAAGGCUCGACCCAGAACCUCAACUCUGCUUUGACUCCGUUCCACAAGAACGCUGCGGGCGACUUCUUGACUACCAACGAUGUGAGGGACACCAAGACCUUCCACUACACCUACCCGGAGUUCGCCAACACCGCGGGCACCAAGGCAGCUAUUGCCAGCAUCAUUAACAAGCUGUACGGGCCACAGGCCACCGCACCUGCUGGCACGACCAAGCGUGAUGCUGCUCCUGAACCACAGGUUGAGGAGGCGUCGUCCACAGCUGCCACCAGCGCUACGUCAACUUCUACAUCAACCGCCUCCUCCCUCUCUUCCUCCGCAUCCGCGUCCGCAUCCGCCACCGUCGACGCCACCCCCUUCAAAGCCAACAACGGCUCUCUCUACCAAUACGUCGCCAACAUCGCCACCAACCGCUACGCCCUUGGCGGCUCCUACAACAUCUACCUCUUCGACUCGGCUCCCGCCAGCGAAGACCCCACGACCUGGGUCUUUGACGCCAAUCUCAUCGGUCCCAUGGGUGUUUUGGCGCAGCCCGGCAUGACCGGUGACUUUGUUGCUGUCGGCUCUGUGCCUCUGACCCGCACGCUCCAGGACCAGGUCACUGGUGGCACUCUGGGAGAUCUCUCGACUGAGAGUGUGGUGCCGUACCUCACGAAGAGCCUUGUGUGGCGCAUUGCAGGUCCGGAUGGUGCUGAGGUGGACCCGAACUCGAUCUCGGACUUUGAGAUCUCGGUGUGGGCUUCUACUGCCACGCCGCCAACGGAGUACGAGCUGCCGGUGUGGUCGCAGUUCAUUCCGCUUGCUGAGAUUACGAAGAAGAAGGAAGGCGGAGCGACGGUUCAGUCGAUUGAGCAGCCGCCAGCAUACAUGUAG